AUGCGUAAACGCCGUCAGAAUGGAGACCCUGCCACUUCGGGAUCGUCAGAGGAGGCUUAUGACUCGGAAUCUAUGGACCACGCCAGCGCACGAGCAGGCACCACUGCCGAGGAUCCCAACACUUUUGAUCGCACUUCUGUAGAUGGCGCAGUUCAUUAUGCAAACAACUCGAUAGGCGACCCCGAGGCCGUUGUGGAUAUUGAUAUGGAGUCGGUAUACAUGCCCCAGAACACAAUGCGGCUAGACGAGCUCGGCGACACCGAAUCCAAUAACGCUGGAUUGAGUCCGGACACACGAGACCCUGCGUUUUUGGAGGACAAGGUCCCGAUUCCCGCGGCGCUCGCAGCGACUUUUGAAUCAGACGACCCACCUAUUCCUCCGCUGAGUGCUCCUGCGGUGGAUCCUGUCGAGAUUUCGCCUUCAUUUGAGCUAACGAUUUUUCACGGCCAUCAACUUGCCGCGCGCGCAUCUGACAAGCACGCACGUACCCUCACGGCGUCCAGAGUCCGCAAGUCCUCCUUGAAUGCGUCGCCAAUGAUAGCUGCGGCUGCACUGACCGAGGGUUCUCGUUGCGCAGCAGCCAAUUUACUGGUGAUCAAGAAGUGGGUUGCGAACCGCUCAUGUGUGCUCACCCCGAUGAGAAACGGGGUAUGA